CAGGCUGUUUGUGAAUCGCUGCAGAAUCUGGAAUCGCCAUGGCGGGCCAGUCCGGAGAGGUUGUCAUUGUGCCGCGCAACUUUGUCCUGCUGGAUGAGCUCGACAAGUCGGAGAAGGCGGUUGGGGACAUGACGUGCUCCUACGGGCUCGUGCAGCCCGACGACAUUUGGCUGAACCACUGGAACGGCUCGAUCCUCGGCCCGACCAGCUCCCAGGUCGAGGGCCGCAUCCUCCAGCUCCUCAUCUUUUGCGGCAAGGAGUAUCCCAAAGCGGCGCCACAGGUGAAGUUCAUCUCGAAGGUGAACUUCCCCGGCAUCGUCAGCGACACCGGCGUCGUCGACGUCCCGAAGGUGCUCUCGAAGGUGGGCGCCUCCCGGCAGUGGGACAGCAAGAUGCGGAUCGAAACCAUCCUCAAGGAUAUCAAAAAGGCGCUCACGCUCCCCGAGUACAGGAAGGUCCUGCAGCCGCAAGACGGCGCUGAGUACUCAUAGUCUGGCGUGUGCGCGAGAGGGCGCGGGGUAGUAGAAGGGCGGGUCGGAGAGCAGGGGAGGGGGUGGCGUCUGGCGAGUCUCAGCGGGGGGCAGCCCUGCACGUGGCGCCUCGCCGCGCGGUCUCCAGCUGCGAGCUCCAGGUCGGGUCUGGGACCACCUAUACACAGCUUCUUCCGCUUGUUCCUCCUCUGUGGCCGGCGGUACAAUCUUUUAUA